AUGCGUUGUGGCAUAUCCGUUUAUACUUCCCAGCACCUAAACUACCAGGUUCUCUUUAUCUUUCUUCUCAGCAAGAUUGAAUGUCAGCCACCUUGGGGCGAGUUGACCGCUUUCGUUUUUAGUCCUACAUCGGGCACUAGCAGCACUAAAAGUUAUACUCCAAAUCAAAUGCAAACCCACCGUAUAUUUAACGGCGUUAGGAUGGGAAUUGCUACCGCCAUGUUACGAGUCCGCCGACAUUACAGCGAAAAGAUUUCGUAUCAUCAAGCAAUGUCCUCCACUUUAAGCUCCUUGAUCGCCUACACUUCGGAUGCAUUCAACAUGCCGGAUGACUGGGUGCGAAAUCCCGCGAUUUAUAUCUUCUGA